GCGUGUGUCAGACAAGAGCAAAGAAACAUCUUAUGGUCAUUCAUGUUUUAUAUAUUGCAGAAACUGAAGUUAAAAAUACACUUGGACAAAAAAAAUAGAAGCAAACAUGGUAAAAAGGAGAUCAGAUGAGGUAGAGUCUGUGAUUGACCAGUAGGGGGCCUCGGCUCCUUGCUGUGUCUUCCUCAGUCUCCUCCCCCCAGAGUGUGGGAGUAAGAGUAAGUCGUUCCCUUCUGCACUAGUGAAGCCAUGCAGUGGGCGGCAGCUUUCCCAUGAGGACAAACAGAGAUAGGCUCCUUAAGACACUCCCCUGUCUGGGAGUGGAGCAGCCAGCCCUUAGUCCCGCCCACCAUGCUGUGGAGGAGGAGGAACGCGGCGGUGCCCGAGCUGAUCCUUUCAAUCUUCCCCACAGUGUGGAGCAGCCGGCAGCGCGCACACACACACACUCACUCACACACUCUCACACAAGCACACACACUCACACUCACUCUCGCACACACACUCUCGCGCGCGCAACAAAGCAAGCAGACGAGGGAGGCGGGUAAUAAAGAAAAGAACAUCACAGAGGAACAACAGCAUUGUUACACCUGGACUUUUUACGGAUACUGCAGUCUGCCUGGAGUUUGUGCCGUUUCCUGUGUGCUUCACAACAUCUCAGCUCACGUCUGGUUCUUCCUGUGGAGGGUUUGAGUCCCAUCAGCUGUGCGUGCAGAGAUCCAGAUCCGACGACUGUCUACAUUGCUGCUUUGUGCAUCUGCCAGACGGGAACAAAGUGUGCGACUGGGAUAUCUGACAAGCUCCUCUGGGAACCGACGCUGCACCGACUGUCAUAGAGAGAGAGAGAGAGAGAGAGAGAGAGAGGGAGGAAUAGAAAGAAGGAGCAAGAUAGAUAGAAAGAGAGAUAGUCAAAGUCAGGGCAUGAGCAGGAGACUAGAAGCCGGUUUUCCGGAGAAGUGAUCGCCACAGUGCCCCCUCCUCUUCCCUCACCUCCUUCCUUCCUUCUCUCCUCUCUCCUGUGCCGCUGCUCCUUCUCUCUUCGUGCACACCUCCGCUGCUAUCCCAUCCUCGUACCUCCGCUCUCCUUCCAUCACCUCCUCCUCCCCUGCUCCCAAAGACGGUGAGAAGAGGAGAGGCACGGUGCACGCACGCUCGCCUGUGUCCAUAUCAUCUCAUUCUCUCUCUCCAUCAUUCCUCUGGCUCCGUCCCUUACACGGAUCUAGCCUCUAGCUGCAGAACCACAAGCGGAGGCUUUUUGAGUUGUUGGAUCCCCGCUCGCGAGUCUCUGUAUCCAGCCACAGCCAGAAGGAUUCCAGCUACAUGGGCAAACGCUUGGAACAGCAACCAAUGUACCCCCAGUACACUUACUAUUACCCUCACUACCUUCAGACUAAGUCAUAUGCCCCGCCCCCUCCGCCCAUGGCUCCGCCCAGCCCCAGCACCAAUAGCAGCAGCCACAGUGCAGCGGAGCAGCUCAGUAAAACCAACUUGUACAUCCGGGGCCUUCCGCCUGGCACCACCGACCAGGACCUCAUCAAACUCUGCCAACCGUAUGGAAAAAUAGUGUCAACAAAGGCAAUCCUGGACAAAAACACCAACCAGUGCAAAGGAUAUGGCUUUGUGGAUUUCGACAGUCCGGCAGCGGCGCAGAAAGCUGUAGCGUCCCUGAAGGCCAGCGGCGUGCAGGCACAGAUGGCAAAGCAACAAGAGCAGGACCCCACUAACUUGUACAUCUCCAACCUCCCGGUUUCGAUGGAUGAACAAGAGUUGGAGAACAUGCUGAAGCCUUUCGGACAUGUCAUCUCCACACGGAUACUCCGAGAUGCCAACGGGGUCAGCCGAGGGGUCGGUUUUGCCAGAAUGGAGUCCACUGAGAAAUGUGACGUGGUGAUUCAACAUUUCAACGGAAAGUUUCUCAAAACCCCACCAGGAGUUCCAGCCCCGACGGAGCCGCUGCUGUGCAAGUUUGCAGACGGGGGACAGAAGAAGAGGCAGAGUCAGAGCAAGUACCCUCAGAAUGGACGACCGUGGCCCCGGGAAGGAGAGAGUGGCAUGGCGCUGACCUAUGACCCCACCGCAAUGCAGAACGGGUUCUACUCCUCACCCUACAGCAUCUCCACAAACCGCAUGAUCGCUCAAACGUCAAUCACUCCAUUCAUCGCAGCCUCUCCUGUCUCCACAUAUCAGGUCCAGAGUACGUCGUGGAUGCCUCACCAACAGUACGUUAUGCAACCUACGGGUGCUGUUAUAACGCCAACCAUGGACCACACCAUCUCCAUGCAGCCUGCGAACAUGAUGGGACCCCUCACCCAGCAGAUGAACCACCUGUCUCUGGGCACCACUGGCACUUACAUGACUGCGGCUGCUGCUCCUAUGCAGGGGACCUAUAUUCCCCAGUACACUGCGGUGCCUGCCUCUGCUGUCUCAGUGGAGGGAGUGGUGACGGAUGCUUCUCCACAGAGCGUUCCAGCCUCGUCACAGGACGCCAGCGGGCAGCAACAGGCUCUGGGUGUGGAAAACACCAGCGAUCACGCGCCCACCUACUCUUUUCAGCCCGCCAAAUAACCAGAGGAGGAGCGGGGUGCUGAGGUGACUGCGUUGCCUUGAGACUGGGGGACUGCAACGAGGGAACAUUGAAGACAGAGCGCAAGAGAUAGGAAAACACGUUUGUGUCUACUUUUGCACAAGCAUCUAAAAAACAACAACAAACAAACAAUUUAUUUAACACCUGGCCCACAGCGGAGGACCUUUGGAGAAACUCACAACCAGAUGGGAAACCAGAUGAGAAAUGCAGUCUGGGCUACCCUGAUGAAAAAAAAACUUUACCUUCAUGAAGUGAACGAAUUCAAACAAGUACAAGUUUUCCUAUUCUUUUUUUUUUUUUUGAAUGUGCAGGUAGGUUUUCAGAAACAGUGGGUUUUUCUAUUAGACGAGGAAGCACGUUCUUGUAAAACAAUGAGAGAAGGAGCAAAAGAAGUCUUCCUCGGAAUUCUAAGCUACUAUUACUUUUCUUUUUUUAUGAGUUAGAUUUUAGUUUUCUAGAGAAUAUCAAUGUUUUUUCAUCUUUGUUGCCUUAAUUUCGAAAAACAUCUAAGACUUUUUUCCUGUUUGAACUGAACAGACUGACGAAUGCAGUGAAAAUGACCUGACACAGAAAGGAAAAUUACUUGUAUAAAGCAUAGAGAGAGAGAGAGAAAGAGAGAACGGUCUCCUUGAGACGUUUUAAAUUAUCAGUGGUGACUUUGUGUUUAAAUGAGGGGACAAAAAAAUAUUGUGGUCAUGAUGAUGAUGGUGAUGAUUAAAGAGAGUUGCAUUUUUUUAGAAACAGAGGAAAAAAAAAGUUAAUCCACUGCAUCAUGGGAAAUGCAGUUUAUUGUGUAGUGCAGAUCAUUUUUAAUGGCAUUAUUGUUUUUAUCUGCAAUAUUUUUUAUGAGCUUUAAGGUGUUUUUAGCCUGCUUUGCUUGUUUCAUUGCGGAAAAACUAAAAAAAAAAAAAAACUAAAACAGUCAAAAAAAAUGGCAGUGCAAAUCUACAUAGAUUAAAAAAGCUUAUGGAUUAAAUCAAGACAAAAAAAGCAAAUGUGUGCAAAAAGCAAUAGUAAUAGGAAAUUGUUGACAAUUUCUUUAGUCUUUCUUAGCUGUGGAUCAAAUGCAGCCCAUGGAUGGCAUAUUUUAUACCAAAGAUGAAGAAACCCCCCUCAAGACAGUGGAGUGGAUAGAUUUUUUUUUUUCUUUCUGAUUUUUUUCUAUUUGAGAUUAUUUGUUUUCUUUUGGCGUAGUAGUAGUUUGGUUUCAGAGGUAUCUGUUUGACCUUGACGGCCAGAUUAGUACCUGACGGUUUAAACUUCCUUCCACUGUUGCAGAGUCUAUGUCAAUUGUUGAGAGGCAGAAAAGCACCAUCGCUGAUUGUCAUGAGUGUGAUUUUUGUCCAGCAGAGGGCGGCAGAGAACGGCUGAACCAUCAAUCAUCCUCCGUCUGCCCGGCUCAAUGAACUAUACCUCUUUCGCUGCACCUUCUCGGUCGCCGACUCACGGUCGGUCACUACUAAACACGUCCGUUCAGUUCCAGCUUUCUCUCAGAGAAGGCCGUUUUACCGUCAUUUCAACUCAACAGGAAGGAAGCACUCACUAGUGUGUGUAUUUAAACUCUGUGUACAGAUCACUACCUCAUCGAAAGCAAUUUUACCAUGAGGAAACACAGGAGUUUGUGUUGCAGGUCAUGAAACACAAGCUUUGCUUCAGGGGCACUGAAAAACGUUAGCAAUUAGCAGCAUUAGCGUAAUAUGUUGUUGUUCUGAGCACCUCCGUCCUUCUCUGUUUUUGCAGUCACGUCGAUUGAAACGCCUCAUAUUAUAUGCAAGGUUUCUUUAAUCAACCAGAUGCCAUAGGAAAUCUCUUGUGAACAUUACUUGAAAAACAACGGCUCUGUCCCAACACCCCUUUGGGUUGUUUUCGAGUCCACGUUUUGAUGACACAAUGCUAGUUAGUAAUCCAUAGUAAUUGUAAAAAUGACCAUUGCAUGACUGGGACAGAGCCUCUAAGGUGCCCCGUCAUCAUGGGAUUCGGCGGUUGCUCAGGUGCCUUGACAGCUGGGAAAUAGGGUGCAGAAUAUCUUGUCUAACAUUUCGACCUUACAUAUUUGAAAUCUGCUUUCGUUUUAUCAAACUACCCAUUUCAGAAACUAGCAAACACGUGUAGAAAGAGGAAAAAUCUCAAAUAUUAAAUGGAUAUGUUAUCCAAAAAAGAUUUUAUUGUCAUCAAAGUUGUUUCACAAUCUGUAUGACUUACUGAUUCUCAGUGAUCUCAGCUAUCCAUCUUAGUAUGUCCACAAGAAUACCUGAAUGGUCUAUUAUUUUCAGUUAAAAGUGGAGAUGCUUGUAUAUUGCACAUCACGGGACAAAGAGAAAGCUAAAUAGAAUUAUAAAGGAACUAAAAAGUUUAAAAAGAGCUACAAACAUGAUGAGACCUGUGGUUUAGUAGAGAUAAUAUAAGAGUUCAGUGAUUUAAAACAAAAAAGCUGAUGUUUAUUUAAUGCCACCCGCAUUUCAUUCUGUCUGCAUCAACAUUCUGAACUUUUACAGAGAUAUGUUUUUAUUUUACAGAGAUAUGUUUGGUUAUUCUAUUCUAUUAUGCACUGUAAAACCCCAAAAAUUAAAGUAUCUCAAACCAUUUGAGGAAAUCAAUUGCAACAAACCAUUAAAGUUUAAAAACUAAUCCUAAUGAGUAGUGUGAACUUACUCCAUUUGAGGAAAUGAAGCAAUUUGAGCACAGGAAACCCCAAUAAAUGAAGAGAACUCAAACCAACUGAGUACUGUAAAACUCAAUAAGUUAAGCCAACUCAAACCUUUUGAGGAAACCGAUUGCAACAAACCAUUUGAGUUCAAAAACUAAUCUAUAUGAGUACUGUGAACUUACUCCAUUUAAGUUGAAGUAAUGAGGUAUUUAAUUAACUCUUUUUCUUAACACUGAGUUCAAAACUCAUUUCAAAUGAGUAGAAUUAACUUUCAGUCAAUUUUGAGUCCACUCUACAAUCCUUUCUUUUGAUUUGACUGUUGGGUUUUACAGUGUAUCAUUAUGUGCUCUCUACAGCUAACUAGGGGUGUGUGAUAUUGGCACAAAAAUUUUACAUUUUUAUAACAAAGUUUUGUUCUGUUUUCAGCUGGUACCUUAGUUUAGUCUAAUCAUUGAUAAAUUAUUUUGUUCAAACUAUUUUCAAUGGUAAAACAACCCAAAAAAACGUGACCCUAGAACCUAAAACCACAAGUCAAAAGUGUAAAUUUGGAAAUUGAGAUAUAUGCAUCAACUGAAUAAAUAAAUAAACUUUCCAUUAAUGUAUACUUGGUUUGAUAAGGACAAUAUAUGACAGAGACACAACUAUUUGAAUAUAUGUAAUCUGUGAGUUUAAAAAAUGAAUAAUAAAUACAGAGAGAAUUGCCUUUAAAUUUUUCUAAAGUGCUUAGCAAUGCACGUUACUAAUCAAAAAUUGACUUUUGAUAUAUUUACUAUAAAUAUUAACUAAAUUUUGCAGUAGUGUGUGUGUGAGUGAAUGAGUGAGUAUGGAUGUUUCCCAGUACUGCGUUGCAGCUGGAAGGGCAUCCGCUGCGAAAAACGUAUGCUAGAUAAUUUGGCGGUUCAUUCCGCUGUGGCGGACCCCUAGUGAAUAAAGGAACUAAGUCGAAGGAAAAUGAAUAAACAUUUGAAAGACACAGCUAUUUGAAUAUCUGCAACAUGUGAGUUAAAAAAUACAGAGAAAAUUGCCUUUAAAUAUGUCUAAAGUGCUUUGCAAUGCACAUUUCUCAUCAAAAAUUGAGUUUUGGUAUAUUUGCAGUAGGAAAUUUACUAAAUACCUUCAAGGUACACAAUCUUUGUUUAUAUUGCAGUGGUAUUUGGAAUAAAACAAGCAAAAACAUUGGACUUUUGCCAAAAAAAUAUAGCCCUAUAACAUAAGAUGGUAUUGUGGACAAAUGUAAGUCACUCAGUAUUAACUUUUUUGUUGGACUGAGUAUAAAAUCAAUAUCACAUUUGCAAUCAUGCUCACAUGCUGGAAAUGGCACUCUUGUUUGUGGGAUAUUAUUGAACUAUAUAAUGUCUUAUAUAAAACAAAAACCCAUACAGGGCGUUCAUAACUUGAAUUAUAGGCUCAUUCUUCAUUCUAAUAGUAUUAAUCAGGCAGUGAACGCUUUUGGACUUUAUUAGACUUUGUUUUUUUUUUGUUUUACGCAAAGGGAGUGACAUUCUCGAUAAUGUCAGCUCGCAAAUCGUUAAAACAACAAUUAUUAUAUUAUUGCAGACCAUGAAUUUCACACACACCCCUAGAAACAACCGACAUAUCAAUAUGCUGGUUUAUUUCUUCACAAUAAGACAGGAAAUUAAAAGAAUUGAGAAUGUAAAAAUGCGACAGGAUGACUGACAGGAUGAAAAAUUAAAGUCAGAACAUUAUUUUCUGGUGGGUGUUCAUCUUAUUUCACGUUUAGCAGAGAGAAAGUCAUACAGGUUUGGAAUGACAAAAUUGUUCACAUUUAUUUUGGAUGAACUAUCCAUUUAAUACAGCAACAAGGCUGCUGUCCUUUAUUUACCUUGAAUUACGCGUGAUUUGAACGCGGCCAGAUCUAUUAAGACGUCAGUAAAGAGUUUCCACGCACAUGCUGAAUUAUAGACUGGAAUCAUGGCCGCUCAUAAAUAGGUUUUACAGUCGGGGUAAUUAGAGUUGUCGAGGUGCUCUGGGAAUACAUUAUUCUGUCAUUAAAGAGAGACUUUUGAAAAGAUCUUUUGAAAGUCAUCAUAAACGCUUCAGUCUGUUUUUAUUCUCUACGUAAUGAGCUCAAUUAGCCACUAGGGGACAGUAUUAAAGCAAAGUUGGUGUACUUUAUCCUCUGUGAUGACCAUAACAGUGAGCUGAGAAAAGUUCACACUGUGGAUUAAAGCGAUGCCAAGUUCAUGAUGACUGCUACAAUAAGGACAUGAAGCUAGCUUUUCAUUUUCAAAACAAAAAGAUACAAAAUAAGGAAAAAAAAGUCACUGUGUUUUUGUGUUUAUCCACUGUCUUUUUGGAGAGUUCUUUUUAUCAUGUGCUCGCUGCUAUCAAGCAUUCAGUAUUUAAGUGGUCUGGGCCUUGGGGACGGAAAGGAAGUCUCUUCAUGAAAGAGUGAAUAAUUGUGUGGGAUGAAGCUGAAGGUUUGAAUGGAGUUUUCUCAUCCCAGCUGUAAUUUAGUAAGCUAAAAACACUUUUUUCCAUCCACUCGAAGGCAUAGAAACCCUUUGCUCCAUUCAUUGGCUGUGAGGUCCAAGCCAUGCAUUAUAUCUGUGCAUCUGAUUGGCUGUCGCAGUUGGGGUCAUUGAAUGGCCGAUGUUCAUUCGCUGGAUGGACUGUUAUGAAACAGCGCAACUACGUUCAACCAAAUUCAACACAAACAGCAAAACCUCAAUUAGACACUAACGUACUGGCAGAUGAAAUAGAGAAAUAUUUAUGGAAAUGUUUUUUUUUUGUACAGGUGUUGUUGAACUAUGAACGCGGAACAGUUUUACGAUGCUAACGACGAUUUUUAAUUUCGUUUUGAGUUGCUUCACUUUCUUGCCUCCCAUGUGCUCGAGCUGUGAUCCUGAGAGUGUCUGUAGACCAGUGGAUGUUAGGUUUAAACUUGUUCAUUUUUUAUUUUUGUUUCUUUUGAUGAAGCUUUCAAUAAAAAAAAUCUACAAAAUCACA